AUGCAUUAUCGAUGGAAUCUUGUCUUGACUGUUGUGUGGCUAUGGCUUUUAUACGUCGCUGGUAUACACAUCUUCACCAAAGGUUUCCUUCUCCGACGUAUGGAAAUUGCCAACAAAAGUCAUUGUAGUCAACCUUGGCGAUUCAAUACUGCUAUCCAAUCACUCUAUCAGAGCAAUAAGGAGAAAGACACUUGUACUAUACCUGCACAAUAUCAUCGAGCAAUUUUGAUCAUUAUUGAUGCUCUACGAUUCGAUUUUGUCAAGUACGAUGAAAAUUGGAUGGGACAAUCUUAUUAUAGAAAUAAAUUGAAGAUAAUACAUGAAUUAAUGACAACACGACCGAAUCAAUCAAGACUAUAUCAAUUUAUGGCUGAUCCACCAACCACCACUAUGCAACGAAUUAAAGGCCUUACAACAGGCAGUCUGCCAACAUUUGUUGACGCUGGAAGUAAUUUCCAAAGUAGUCAAAUUAGCGAAGAUAAUUUUAUCCAUCAGUUACGUCAAUUGAAUAAAACAAUCGUAUUUAUGGGCGAUGAUACAUGGGAAGGCUUGUACCCUAAUGUUUUUCAUCGCUCACAUCCUUUCCCAUCAUUUAACGUUAAAGAUCUACAUAGUGUCGAUAAUGGUGUUGUCAAACAUUUAAUGCCAGAAAUGCAUCGUCAUGAUUGGAGUGUACUGAUAGCUCAUUUUCUCGGUGUUGAUCAUUGUGGUCAUACUUAUGGUCCCAAUCAUCCAGAAAUGUCCAAUAAAUUAAUACAAAUGGAUACUAUCUUAAGAAAAAUCAUCGCUAAUAUCGAUAAUGAUACUAUACUAUUGAUUAUGGGAGAUCAUGGUAUGACUCGAACUGGAGACCAUGGAGGUGAUAGUGAUGCUGAAAUUACAGCGGCACUAUUCGUUUAUUCUGGACGUCCUAUAAAUAAUGGUAGGCCAGACAAGGGGUGGAAAACAAUUUCACAAGCUGAUUUAGUACCAACUAUAUCUCUAUUGCUUGGACUACCUAUUCCAUUUGCCAAUCUCGGCUUAGUAGCAGAUGAACUCUUUACAAUUACAAACGAUUCUUUGAUAAACAUGUACCACAGGAUUGAAAUGCUGCGAAUAAAUGCUUGGCAGGUUAACACUUAUUUAAAAACUUACUCAAAAUUGGCUAAUGAUUUUCUUGGUCCAAUAUCGCUACAAUUAGAAGAAGAAUACACAGCUUUAGAAGCAAAUUAUUGGAAAAAUUUAAAUUCACAUGAUUUAUCGUUAAACAGUGAACAAUUAAGUAACAUCCAUCGAGCCUAUCAAAGCUAUCUGAGGAAUGUACGAGAAAUUUGUGCAAGUGUUUGGGCUAAAUUUGAUAUGAUUACAAUUUGCUUCGGUCUUUUAAUACUAAUGAUAGCCAUUAUUAGUUCUGUGAUGUCAUGUUGGACACAAAUACUUACCUGGGAAAUCCUAUGUUCACAAUCCUAUUUUAUUACUGGUCACCAAAAUGCAAUUAUUACAAUAAGAUGGGCUGCUGCAUUUACUGGUCUUCAUGGUGAUUCUAAUAGCUAUGCUUUGCUUGGUUUAUUGGUCCUUUUAAAUACAUACGCAGCUCAGAUUAUAUUUGGCCUUUGUGUAACUCUAUUAGUGCCUAUGAUUCGAUAUCCUGAGUUAUGGAAAAAGUACCGUAAAGGCGUGAAUAGAGAAAUUAUUUGUUAUAGUUCAUUCUUUGAGAUUGUUGUUUAUUUCAUUUUAUUUUGUGGUAUAAAAGUAUUUUCAGCCGCAAUCGCUGCUGCAGUAUUGCGUCGCCAUUUGAUGGCAUGGAAAAUAUUUGCUCCGCGACUCUUAUUUGAAGUCUCUUCGUUUAUUAUUACUUCGCUAUCUGCACUUGUUGGAUAUUUGAUUGGUUAUAGAUUUGUUAGCUUACACGAAGAUGACAAAUGUAACAUUAGAAGCUCUUAA